AUGUAUCUUGCUCUUCUGGUGAUUUUCUUGCAGUGUUCAGAACUUUACACUCAGGAGAGAGUGUUUACUUUCAACACAGUUGAAAUCAAGGUUCGUCCAUCUGUCAAAGUGAAGAAUGGAGAUCGUGUGUCAAUUGUCUGCCAUGCUGAUAUUAGCAAAAGUGCCGAUUUCCAGCUGAAGCAUAACUUUACAAUUUUUAAGGAUGGCAAGCUUGUGUUCAUGACGGUAUCAGACAAGGAAGAUGCACGAUAUGAAAUAUCUACGGCUAGAUCUUCAGAUACAGGAGAGUAUAAAUGUACUGUGGAAGCAGGUGGAAAGGCAAAACCUAGUGAUUCCGUACACGUUUGGGUAACAGGAAUGACCAAGCCUAUUCUGACUGCUGAGAAAAAAGAAGUUUUAGAGGGUGAAGUUGUGAAAUUACGUUGUGAGCUUCCAGAAGAAGUACCUCCUUUGCAUUUCUCUUUCCGAAAGAUAAAGAUGAAUUCAACACCUAAAGAAAAACAUGUAUUUGAACGAGACAGGAAUUUUUCUGUAGCGGAAUUUUCUGUUGAAGAGGGAGAUAAUAUUUUACAAUUUGAUUGCUUUGUUAGGAGAAAUAUAAAAUUUGAAUUUGAAAGCUCAGAACACAGCAACAAAACACUUGUUACAGUCAGGGAACCAUUUAUAAAGCCUACUCUGAAUGCCAAGCCCUCAAGUAAUAUUACAGAAGGAGACAGAAUACAGUUUGAAUGCUCGACUGUGGUAGCCCGAAUGCGUGACAUUGAAAUCAUACUCCAGAAAAACAAAACAAUACUGAACAGUGUACGAGAUAAGAAACUUUUGAAAUACUCAGCGGUAGCUACCCUAGAGGACAGUGGUGAAUACCUGUGUAAGGUGGAGCAAGGGAGAGCAUCUAAAACCACCAAACUGAAUGUUGUUGUGUCAGAGUUAUUCCCCAAGCCAAUAUUGGCUGCUUCUAUGAGUGAACUGGAUGAAAAUAAAGAGUUAACUUUGAAUUGCAGCAUCGGUGAUUUUCAGAGAGCCAACUUCUCUAUAUUACGGAAAAAUUCAAAUGGAGACAUCCGGUUGAAAAAUUCUAGAAACUUAACAAUGAGAGUUAAUGUGAAUCAUACUGGAUCCUAUAUCUGUAAAGCUGAAUUAAAAGGAAUAGUCAAGGAGAGCAAACCUCUAAGGAUAAAUGUUUAUGCUCCAGUUUCCAAGCCAACUCUUUCCAUCGUCAGUGGUUUACCGGAGGUGGUGUUAGGGAAGCCUCUAUGGUUAAUCUGUCGUUCAGUGAUGGGAACACCACCAAUAACAUUCACUUUCUACAAAGGAAAUGAAGUUAAGAAAAUAGUCAUUAAUGACACAUAUGCUACAUUCUUGGAUGAAAAUAUUAGACAAAAUGACAAAAGAGGAUACAAAUGUGAUGCUAGAAAUAAUCACACCAGUGGUUUGAAAACCAGCAAUAUACUAAAUAUCACAGUAAUAG